CGGUGAAGGAGGAGAUGGACAAAGAGGAUAGGGUCAUCAACAAUAGCACCAUUGAUGCGGAGGCGAAAUUUGUUUAACUAUGGGCGGCAGACUCUCAGUUCCAUAAGGCGAAGGAUAUGCGCGGUAAUGCGACCGCUGAUGAGGAGGCGAUUGAGGAUGAGGAGGAUGAGCUAACGAAGGAGGAGAAGGAGUAUUUGAGGAAGAAGGAUGCGGAGGUGACCCAUAAUAAGGCCAAAAUGGAAUCAACGAAGAGAAAGACCUACACGGACAUGAGGAGGAAUGCUUUUCUUCCUUUGGCUUCACCUAGGUGGAUUGAACUCAUGUCUACUGCGUUGUCUGGAAAUAUUUGGUCGUUAGAAACGUUCAAUUACCUAGCACCCAUCGAUCAGAGAGGCUAUCGUUUGCUCGCCUCACUAUCACAGGACGAAAUGAAACAAGCGAUCGAACGGGCACUUGAAAUGAACACUGCCCCUCCCGAUGCGAAGUUCCCCUUCAACAGGGAAGGUGUCUUCCUCCCUCCUAUGAAUGCCAUGGAUUCCAACAAAUGCUCCCUCCCACGCCCUACCGUCAUGAUCAAGGGAAAUAAACCUCCUCAGAACCCCUCAUCGCUGGCGGAGCUGAAGAGAAUCUGGAACGUGGGAAAGCCGUACAUCAAAUGUCGAUGUACGUCUGAGGGUAAUGCCGACUGUGGUUCUGGACCUGCAUGGUUCGACCAUCUCGUUUGGAACCUCUUGUACCAUCUUGAGGUUUUCUAUCCUGAUGCCCCGACCCCCAGGGCGAAGGUCUCCUCGUUGAUCAAGUGCCUGUCCACUUGCUCGAAGCCACUGAUGAUCACAUCAGUAUCCUUUGGAUGUGUCAGGGAAGUAAUGAUGUUGUUGGCAAAGAAGAUCAUUACUAACCCAUCCGUAACCUGUGAGACUUUCCUCACCGGUAUGAACGGGGCUGACCGGAAGGCCUUCAAGGAGUGUGCCAAAUUGUUCCUCAUGAGCAAGUACGUAAAAAAGAGAGCUAGAGCCGCCGCGGCUUCGUCAUCCGCUGGGUCCAAGAGACCCAAAGGAGAAGGUCAGGGAACCAUGGAUAGGUUUGUAAACUCCACCCCUCCCCCUACCCUUCCUGCUGAUGAUGGUUCCCCCCCAGGGUCGAAUGUCACGACGAUUGGUGGAAGGAGAGAUGGCUUGCCUGCUCAGCUCACUGGCGGUGGCAACAAGCAGCAGCGGACUGCCCAGCGCGCAAUCUUCAUCAAUUGACGACAUCAAUCCUCAGCUAUGUUCUGUCUAUAUAUUUUUGUGCAGGUACGCAGAGGUUGCUUGGAACAAGGCCCCUUGGGAAGGCUAAGAUGGAAAGUCUUACCUGAUGCGUUGAAAGCUUCAGCUAAAUUUGUACAUAUCCACUACGUCGGGAGAAUCAUGGAUGGUAUCGGAUUUUCGAUAAUCUUCGAGUCUGUUUUCUCACGUUUUGUAAAUGUUUCAAUUCUCGAUGUCUUCUUGACAAUCGUGUUUAGAUGGACGUACGAUGAACCUGUCGCCCGACACGUUUACAAAUCGGCUUCCACCUUCAUGCGCUUCAACCUAAGUAGCUAGUAUGAGUCAAUGACUGAUGAGGCUAGCUGCACGUGUAACAAAAUUGUAAAGUUUGG